CGUCACCGCCAAGUUUGCUGCCCUCGGAGCCCCACGUGUGGCGGCAGCGACGGCCCGGGAGGCGGCGAGCGCAGUGGCCACGGCUGCUGACAGGUCCCGCGCAGUCCGGCUCGGCCACGCCGCUCCCAGGUGGGGCCCGAGAGCCGCCGGAGCGGCCGGGAGCGCACCAAGAGGGUCGGACGGCUCGGCGCGGACCCUCUGGCUCCCGCUCGGGUAGAGGGACUCGGGGGACCUCGCCCCGGGGCCGAGAGCGCGCGCCCAGGCGGGCCGGGGACCGAGGAAGCGGCGGCUGGGAGGCACUGUGUCCGCCGCGGUCUGCAGCGCACGGAGCUCAGCGGCCCCGGAGCCGCACGUCCCCUCACCGGGACCGAGCGAGGGAUGCACGAUCGCUGAGCUGGGACUCGCGCCGAGAGGCCGUUCCGGCCCGGGGCUGAGACGCACGCCUUCGCCACCGCCGCCGACACCCCCAUUCCGGCGACUCUCGGGGACCGGGGGCGCCGAGCGCGGCCCCGGGCUCAGGAUUUGGGCGAGUCUCAGACGAUGGUUUCUUAAGCACGGCACCACGUCCCCCUUCCCGCCCCCUCGACCGGAGGUUGGGAUUCCGCGCGGGGCUCCGGGGGCUCCGUCUCCCCGAGGAGCCUCGGCUGCCACCGCCCGGGCAGCUCGCACGGCCGCAGGGGCGCAAGGCGAUGUGGCCUCCGUCCAGCGCGCAGGCCCCCCCGGAGGAUGCCACGGCACCUGGCGGAGUCCCGGCCUAGCAUGGCCCGCGCGCUGCCCGACGUCGCCUCCGGCUAGGAUGGCCCCUCCGGCCCCGGCCGGCGCCCACCCCACCUCGGCCGAGCCGCUGUCCCGCAGCAUCUUCCGGAAGUUCUUGCUGAUGCUCUGCUCCCUGCUCACGUCCCUCUACGUCUUCUACUGCCUGGCCGAGCGCUGCCAGACCCUGUCGGGCCCCGUCGUGGGGCGGUCGGGCGGUGGCAAGGAGGCGGGGGCCUCGGGUCGCGGUGUCCCGGCGGGAGGCCCGGGGGAGCCGGCGGCGUGGCCCGCUGCCGCGCGAGGGAAGCGCCUCCUGCAAGUGCAGCCGUGGCCGAGGCGCCGGCCGCCCGCGCCGCGGGAAGACGGCGAGGUGGCGGCCUGGGAAGAGGAGCCCCCUGGCCUGGCGGGGAGUCCCGGCGGCUCCGGGGCCGGGAGCAGCGUGGCCGAGACGCCGCCGGGGACCUUGGCCCUGCUGCUGGACGAAGGCAGCAAGCAGCUGCCGCAGGCCAUCAUCAUCGGCGUGAAGAAGGGCGGCACGCGGGCGCUGCUCGAGUUCCUGCGUGUGCACCCCGACGUGCGCGCCGUGGGCGCCGAGCCCCACUUCUUCGACCGCAGCUACGACAAGGGCCUCGCCUGGUACCGGGACCUGAUGCCGAGGACCCUGGAGGGGCAGAUCACCAUGGAGAAGACGCCCAGCUACUUCGUGACGCGCGAGGCGCCCGCGCGCAUCUCGGCCAUGUCCAAGGACACCAAGCUCCUGGUGGUGGUGCGGGACCCGGUGACCAGGGCCGUCUCGGACUACACGCAGACGCUGUCCAAGCGGCCCGACAUCCCCAGCUUCGAGAGCCUGGCCUUCAGGAACCGGACGGCGGGCCUCGUGGACCGGGCGUGGAGCGCCAUCCAGAUCGGCCUGUACGCCGAGCACCUGGAGCGCUGGCUGCGCCACUUCCCCGCCCGGCAGCUGCUCUUCGUGAGCGGCGAGCGGCUGGUGCGCGACCCGGCCGGCGAGCUGGGCCGCGUGCAGGACUUCCUGGGCCUCAAGCGCAUCAUCUCCGACAAGCACUUCUACUUCAACCAGACCAAGGGCUUCCCCUGCCUCAAGAAGGCCGAGGGCAGCGGCCGCCCUCACUGCCUGGGCAAGACCAAGGGCAGACCCCACCCCGAGAUCGACGGCCAGGUCCUGCGGCGGCUGCGCGACUUCUACCGGCCCUUCAACCGCAAGUUCUACCAGAUGACGGGCCACGACUUCGGCUGGGACGGAUAACCUUAUAAUUUAAAAAGAAAAAAAAAAUAUCAGAAGAUAAUAUAUUUUUUUACCAAUCGGUAGAGAAGAGGCAGUUUAAUAUUUGCGCUGCUGAUAUGUUUCAGUAUUUUUUUUCCAUGAAUGUUAAAGAGAUUGUUCUCGCCUCCGCCCUCACCGUCAUGUACAACUGCACGUGCAAACAUUUGGAUAAACAAAAAAGGAAACCUGCACGCAUCUAAAUUCUCUCCAUUUUCCAUUUUCAGUUCACGUUUUAUAUGCACAGUUAUGAAGUAUGAGCAUCAGUUGCCAUUAAAACUUUAAGAAAAUCCUGAGGGUACAGCUCGUGCUCUCUCUCUCUUUUUAACAAAGCCCGGAUAAGACUGAUGUCUACCCUUAUGUUUUUCUCCCUUUAGUUUUUCUCCUGUGCCACUUUUUCUUAACGCCUUUCCCAGUUAGUGAUGCUGUGUGUUUGCACAUCACUUCCCAUUUACCACAGUGCUUUCAAAUACAGUAUCUUUCUUGAUCCUGAUACUCACUCAGAUGUGAUGUAAUAACAUAAGGCAUGGAGAUUAUUACCCCCGUUUUACAGAUAAGGAAACUGAGUCUCAGGGAGGUUAAGUGAUGUGUCCUAAGGCCAGAUGGUGGACUCUGGACAAAACCUCAUCUUCCACUUGUUCCCUAUUUUGUGCCACUUUUUCCAGUGAGAAUGGGAAAGGCACAGACAUCAUUUAGAAAUGGUUAGCUAGUCUGGGGACCAACAGAGAGGGUUUCCUGUUGCUUUCUAAGUUCUAGGCUAGCCUCUAUGGCACCCAGACACCUUACACAGCUGUACUCAAGGAAACCACUCUGUCUUGGACACAACAUCUUUUAAGAGCCAAUCUUGGGUUGUUAAAGCACCCUGAGACAUGGAAAUCUCGACUCAGUUGAAGUUGAGAGAAAUUAUUGGAUUCUUGUAUGGAGAACAAGAUGGCCAGUCACACUAGGAGCAGGACAAGGUGUGGUAGGAGAAGAAUUUACCUAUUCUUGUUUUGACUGUGUUUUCCUUUUUUUCUUAAAGAAAAACCCACUUCAGUAAGAGCUUACAAAUAUGAAUCUCAUUUUAUAAACCUCUUUUUUAACAAAGGAAAUCUGCCUCUCUUUGCAAUAUCUUAUUUCUAAACUUGCAGCUAGUACUAAAAAAAGGUCAAUCAACGUCUCAUUUACAAGGCCCCAAUUUUUCAUGGGUGGAGGGAGGGCUGUCACUUUGUCACUUUAUUUUUCCCCAUUUCCUCUGUGUACCAGUUAUAACCUAAUAUUCGUUAAUAUUUGGAAAAUACUCUAAGAAAUGCAGAUAUGGGUAAAGUGGUGCUUUUUCCUCUUCUCCCAUCUGUUUCUGCCUGUUCCCCAUUUAAAUAGCUCAAAUAAAUCAAUAGCUUAUUAAGAGUAUUCCUUUCCUCUCUGAGUGGGCAUUAACGAGAUUAGCAUUAAUGGGAAUUAAAUUGGUUUAGAGAAGAGCACAUAUGCACAAACUAUAUAAAACAUUCAUAAUUGGUCUGUCAGCAACAUUUUUAUUACAGGUUUAAACCCAAGAGGAAAAUGUCUCCAAUCUCAUGGAAAUUUUCCAUAUCUGCUAAAAUGUAAAGGACCAGACACUCCAGUAUUCUAAAACAAUAUUCUUCUCCAGUGUUGUCAAUCAAAAGAAACUAAAGUUGUUUUAAAAUAUGCAGUUUCAUUGUGCAUUUGACAUAGAUGCUGCAUCGGGUGAAGUAAAUAUUUCUUGAGAAGUCUAACACGGGAUUAAAAUGAAGGAAAAAAAUUUAAGUUUCUAGAUAUUCUAUCGUUGCUCUGAAUCUCUGGAUUGAUUUAUUAAUUCUCUUUUACGGGGGUUAAGUAAACCCCCAAUCCAGGUCCCCUUUCCCAGCCGAUAUCCUUCCCUUCUACGCCCUCAAUUUCUCGAUGCUACAGCCUGUUUUUUUGUUCUACUUACUUGAAUCAUCACUACCAGCAACAAGAAACGCAUUUUAAACUCUUUUCGUUUUUUUCUCUUAACUCAUGUUUGUGCUUCUGAUUCUCUAAUAAGCAUGUGCUGGACCUUCUGCGAAGGUGGCUUGCACAAGGACACAAGUGCAUCUAACAACUGUAUUCAGCAACCUUCAUCUUUUUGUGUUAAGAAAUAAUAAAAGAACAGAAUUGAGUGCAAAGAA